ACACGAGCAAAUAAAAGCAAAAGGAUUUCAUUUUGAAGACUAUUGCCUAUUGUGCAGAUUUUUGGUUUUUCCUAAUUCUCUCUGUUCGUCGGAAGGUCUACAAACACUGUAUAUUCUUCCUCAAAUCUUGUUCGUGCCUGGUUUUCCCAGAUUUUGUGUGCGAAUCAGUAGCAGAGACUUCAACACCACCAUGGCUAAGAGUUCUUUCAAGCUUGAACACCCCCUUGAAAGGAGGCAGGCAGAAGCUGCUCGUAUCAGGGAAAAGUACCCUGACAGAAUACCGGUUAUUGUGGAGAAGGCAGAAAGAAGUGACAUACCAGACAUUGAUAAGAAGAAAUAUCUGGUUCCUGCUGAUCUUACUGUUGGUCAGUUUGUUUAUGUGGUUCGGAAGAGGAUAAAGCUCAGCGCUGAGAAGGCCAUAUUCAUAUUUGUCAAGAACAUUCUACCUCCUACUGCUGCCAUGAUGUCUGCAAUCUAUGAGGAAAACAAGGAUGAGGAUGGUUUUCUGUACAUGACUUAUAGUGGGGAGAACACAUUUGGAUCCUUCUAAGUGAGAGGGAGUAAUGCUGAAAAAUUUGUAAAUAAGACUUGAGAUUGCAAUAUGGAAUAUGUAUAUUCUCAGCUUUAAACACCUGUUUAUGCUGCCCCAGCUUUGGGGAUUUGCAACUUCUUAUGCUGUUUACUGUUACAUUUAUGACUUCCGAUAACAAUGUUAUGUGGUUAAUCCUCUUUAUGAAUUUGAACGAGUAAAUUUUAUCAA